GUGACGUCAUCAUGGCCUCCUAAGCUGAAAGUACAGUGGAAUUUACACAUGAAAAGCUCCUAGAAACAAACGUAGACACAACUUAAUCUACCUCUGUAGUAUAUUUUUUUAUCUUUAACCCUUUCACUUGCAAUACAGAGGUCAAAAAAGAUCAUAGUGAACUUUACUUAGCUAAUAUGUCCCGCCAUGAGGGUGUGAGCUGUGAUUCUUGUUUAAAGGGUAAUUUUCGUGGAAAAAGGUAUAAAUGUUUGAUAUGUUAUGAUUAUGAUUUAUGUUCUACCUGUUAUGAGGCUGGAGCAACCACAACUAGACAUACUGCAGAUCAUCCAGUACAGUGUAUAUUAACUAGGACUGAUGUUGAUUUAUUUUAUGGUGGUGAAGCCUUAACAGCCGAGCAACCUCAGUCUUUCACUUGUCCAUACUGUUGUAAAAUGGGAUUUACAGAAACAACUUUACAUGAUCAUGCUACAUCAGAACAUACAGAUGUCUCAACGGAAGUGGUGUGCCCAAUUUGUGCUUCACAUCCAGGAGGUGAUCCUAAUCACGUGACAGACGACUUUGCUUCACAUUUAACAAUAGAACACCGAGCUCCUAGAGACUUCCUGGUCACAUCAUCUGGUCGAAGAGUGCGUCACGAUACAGAAGUCGAUGAACCAUCAGGUAUGAGGCAUGUACGACGCAUUCCUCACCCUGGUCGUGGUGUCAGUGGUUCUAGAACGAGACGAGCCAACAUGCAUUUUGCAUCAGCGGGAAAUACAUUGACAGGAUUAUCUCCAAGUAGUCGUGAGACAAUGGAUCCUAUUGCUGAAUUAUUAUCACAGUUAUCCAGUGUAAGAAGUCGUGCUGCAGCGGCUCAAAGUGUAUCAUCUCAACUUCAACAAUUAGAAAUGCAGUUACAAUCCACAAGUGUGUCCUCUAACAGACAACAGUUAGAGAGGUUACCAAGACGACCUACCGAUGCUGUCAAGUCGAUGGUGACGUCAAAUGCAAGUAGUAAUAACCUAGAUACUGGCAGUAGUAAUUCUACCAAUGUUAAUAAUACUGCACCAACAACACAGUUCCUACUAUCAAAAUGUGAUGAAUCAAGUAGUAAUGAAAGUGAUCAGUCAAAUGUUGAAAGUGAACAUGUAGAUAGAAGCGUUUUUGUUCAAGAGUUACUUCUAUCAACUCUAUCUGAACAGCUACAGCAAACAAACAGCGAUGAUAUAAGCCAUUUACUUGAAUCCUUGAAAUCACCAGGGCCAGAUGAGGAAAAACAGGAAACAAAACCCACUGUUAACAAGAAAAAUGGUGGAACAACAACCAGUAAACCGGUCAAUACGAAAACAGAAAAAUCGGGGUCAGCCACCGCCUUGGUUAAACCCUCUUCAGCCUCCUCAGUAACCAGUAAUCAAGGGAGUGUCAAAAGCCGUGUGAGUGAGGCAUCCAAGGAUGCACCUGGUCGUGAUUCAUCAUAUUCGCGUAUGUUAUUAAAUCCUAGUUCUGUAGGAGGGACAGUUCAAGUACCUGGGGGAGUUUUAAAUAACAACUCUCUACCUGUUUCGUCUGUGGGCGGUGUCUCAUUACCAGCGGCAACAGGACGUUCGGCAUCUGGUAUUUCUCGUGAUAGAGAAGGAAGGCUUAAUCCAGCAGUGGCAAAAAGAAAUAUGCUCAAGCACAUGCCGACACCAACAAAAACAUCCGAUCGGGAACCCCCUCCUCAUUAACUAUUUGUUAAUUGGGUGGGAUGUAGCUCGUUAAAUAACUGUAUUAAUUUCAAUAGACUGGAGUAUGGUGAAUCGAGACCCUUUGGUGAAUCGAGAUCCUUUAAUAAAGCAAGUUGAUGCUUUUUUCUCUUCUUUUUUUUUUUGCACUAUACAAGUUACUUGACCUUGAAAUCAAGAUGGAUUCUGCUUUUGAUGUAACAAUUUUAACAAAAGAAGACAAAGAUUAUUUAUAGCAGAUUACAGAGUUUGAUUAUUUAAUUUGCGUUUAACUAAUUACAUUAACAAUCAUUUAUAUUCAAUCAGAAAUCUUUGUUGGGUUUUUUUUGGGAGUUAGCCAUAAUUCAUCCCAAUUUAAUAUUAUUAUUAAUAUUACAAAAAUGUAAAAUGAUCUUUGUGUCAAAAAUUAAGCACAUUUAGAUUUGUAAACAGCGGCAUUAAUCCUACUCUUGAUCAAUUAAAUUUUAAUUUUGGAAUAGUUUGUGUAUUGCGAGUUAUAUCAAAUUAAGUGCUUUUUUCAAUUAUACUGUGCAUAUUGUUUAUAAUGUUAAAUAGAGACAGAAAACACUUAUAAGGUUGUAAAAUAUUUUUUUUUAAACUUUAGAGCCCAGGUUAUGCCUAACAAUGUCUAUAGCAGGAGUGUCCUGUAACCAUUUUUAUUAUUUUUUUUUUUUAAAAUUAAUAGUUAUAAGAAUUGAGAUCACAGAGAUGGUGAUAAAUUAAAUACUUAUUAUGAAUUUUUUUGGGCUCUUCACGAUUUGAUUGAGUAUGGGUAGAACAAAGAAAAACACAUUGCUUUGAGUGUCUCAUUAAACACAAUUUGGCUUUAUUUUUUGGUGAAAAUUUUUUUUUUUAUUAUUGUGUUACAUUUUUUAAAUGUUUAAUACAGAAAAACUUCCAAAUUCUACAGUAUAUUAUUUUUGACAACAGACAUUUUAAAAUUGCUGUCAUAUCUGUUAGUUCCAAGAAUAUAAUCACAAUUGAAUUAUGUGAUAUUUACUGUCAGAUGUAUGUGUCCAAAGAAUAGAAAUUUGGAGUAGCUUUAAAAUAAAAUGAACAAGUUCUUAGCUUUGAAACUGAAUCUUAUUUGUUUUUAUAAACUGUUCAUUUCUGCAAGCUCUAGGAAUGGUAGUCUCAAUUACUCCAGUACAAAUUUGGAUUGAGUGAUCAAGACUGUGACUGCUUAAUUGUGUUCCCUGUUGGUCAUUAUUAAUGGGAUUGAGAGAAUUUUGUUGUAGAACAUUGACAUUUUCAAAUGGAAACGGUCACAUGUUUCUCAUUAUGUCUAUUAAAAUUAAAUUUAUUAAUAUUUUUCAUCACUUUGUAUGUAAGCUAUGAUUUUCAGUGCGUAAUACAUUGUAAAAGGAUAAUUUUUUAGGGCUUUUAAACAACAACCUUAUUUGUGCUGUUUUCAUUAUUAGUGUAUUUAUUGAAUAUAAUAAUUAUUUUUUUUGUUGUAAAAUAGUUGGCAAAGAGUGAUGUUUGUAUAUAUUCAAAAACGAAAAGUUGAAAAUUGCACCAUAUUUCUCCGAGAUCAUUUAUAUUAUAGAUAUAUUUGUAUCUUAUUCUAGAUUUACUGGUUGCUAGGGGGACUGUUUUCUUUGUUUCUAUGGUAACAUUCAAUACUUAGAAAAUAUAUAUAUUAUAUAUCAGUUUAUUUACUGUGAUAUGCGUGUGAGUUAACUUUUGAAACAAUUUUUUUUUCCUUGAUUAUUCAACUUGAUUGAAGUGUCCAUUUUCUGUUGAAUACAGUUUAUUAAAACAAGAAAACAGUCCUUGCAUAGAAAUUUUCUGUUACAAGGGCAAUACUUUCAGAUAUAAUGGAACAGUGGUGUUUUAGUGAAAUUAAGCACUGAAGAAGGAAAUAUUUUAAUUUGUGUAUACAUGUUAAGAACUGUUAUUUAUUAAUAAAAAAUAUGAAAUGUACACAACUGUAUUGAAGUGGUUGUUCAAAAUAAUGUCUGAUAAAGUGCACUUGAUAAUAUUUUGAAAAUGAACAAAAUUCAUUCAAAGCAAAUUGUAUCCAUUUAAUACUGAUGCUGCCCGUGUAACUAGUUUGCACUAACUAUUUAUCUUGUCUUUGUCUGGCCUUGGCUUAUAAAAGUUAGCGACAAUAUUUGGCUAUAUAAAUAUAUAUAUAAUAGAGUUGAUUAUAAAUAUGUUGUCUGUACAGAGAUGAUCUUGUUAAAAACACAUUAUUUCUGUCUUACGAGGGAAUACCUCGAUAUGACAGAAUGUAUGAAUGAAUGUUUGUAAUAUGAUGAAAAACACAGGUGAAAUAAAUAUCAUCUGAAUCCCA